CAAACGCUUCUGAUUGGCUCGUCUCUAAAUUAGAGUCUCGCCUCGACAUCUUCAUACUCUCUUAGGAAAUAACAUGAAAUUUUUUUAAGUUGUUCAGAUUACUUAAAUAGUUAAUUAACAUAAAGAUCAAUACUUCCCAUAUAUAUGGUCACCAAUAUGUUUAUGUGUGUUUAAGUGUUUACUGUCAAUAUUAAUAUUAUUCACCACGGAGUUUAAUAAAUCAACUUGAUUAAAGUAUAACUAUAUUCGUUAAUUAACUCUAGUAGGAAAAUCUCUAUGAAGUGUGGAAUGUUGACUCAGCAUGUCAGAUGUUGUUGAGUGUUUUGUUUGCAAAAUUAUUUUUUGUGACCAGGAUGCCUAUUGGAAACAUGUCUACGAGGAAGACUGUCACAAUCCGUGUAGAACUUCACCUGCUAAUUUCAGUAAUGACAAAAAUAACAUCCAAAAAUCUGUUGAAAGCCUGUCUAAAAUAAGCAAUCACUCUGCCCAAUCAUCUACAAAUCAGCCUUCCAAUGUUUUGUUAAAACCAUCCUCAUUUGAUAAAGUGUGUAAUGUUAAGGCGCCACUCAAUAAAAAACCUAAUAAGGCUUUUUGCGGUGUUUGUAAAACCUACAUGAGUGAUUUUGAUUUAAUUCGGCAUGAGGCCGGUAAAAAGCAUUUGAAAAUGUUAGAAAAAGGAAACCUAUAUGCCCCUAAAUCAGUCGACGGACAUCAAGAUGCCAACCAUUCUACUCUUAAUCGUCAAGGAAAUUAUUUUAAAGAAGAAAAUUAUUGUGAUCGUAAUCAUAACCCCCAUAGCAUGACUUAUGAUAUACCGUCGUGUAAGACUUCAUCUUCAGAGGCUCCAGUAAAAUGUGAUGCUGAUUCGCAGUUCAUUCCUAAUGUACGUUCGCUCUUAAAUUUUAAUGAGACAUCCGAGAAUAAUUCAAGCAAAUCAGCUACUAAGUCUAUUUUACGCAGAAUAUGUAUGACGGAAAUUUCAUCACUUCUAAGUCAAAUGGUUGGAGAUAUGUAUAAAAAUACUCAUUUUUAUAGGCAAUUAAAAAUAAAGUGUCGGAACGACCUUAAUUCCAUCUUGUGUCUUGAGGUCCCUAUUCUGCAGAGCACAGUCAGUCAAGAACUCUCAGAAUCAAAUUCUUCCGGACUAAACAGCGUUUAUCAUGAUGAAAAUACGUCGCUCAGUCAGUUACUUUUGUCUUGGGUCAAACAACUCCAUGCACUAGACAACGAUUAGUUUCAUUAAUGAAUUGUUCAUUUCUUUGAGUAUUUCAUUGCAUCUUCACAAAUAGAGACUAUUUUGAUAAAAAGUGAUUUCUUCAUUUUGAUUGCUUGUUAGUGUUGUAGAAAUUGUCAACGUUCAAAGGACUGAUUAUUUUCACAUUCUAUGCCUAAAAUUACAGCUAUGGUAUAGAUCUACCCCUCAUUCAUCUCUGCUGCUUUCUUUCCUUUCUACAUAACUUUUCAUUAGGUUCAUAUGCUUCAUCGCUAUAUUUUUAUUAUCUUAGUUCCAUUCUAGGGAAUGAAGUGUUUCCAUUUCAUCGCCCCGAAAUGCCCUGAUACGGCCGAUAGUGGGGAGAGUCAGCUCUCCGUCUCGAGAUGCUCUCACAUGGCCAUGUGCAUACAACCACUGCCAGAGAAGUUCUACUCACUGCCUUCUCACGGCGAGGGUGUUGUUUACGAAAUUGAGAG